AUGACCACAGCGGAGGCCGCGGCGUGUGAGCCGGUGGACACAAGGGGCAAGGGACUUUGGAAGGCCAACAACCUGUAUCCGCUAGGCCACCACCCCCAACCAUUACCGCAAUCCUCCGUGCCGGGGCUCGGCCCCAGCUCCUCGGCGCUGCUCUCCGUGUCAGAGUACAAGAAGAAAUACCGAGAGCAUGUGCUGCGACAGCACGCCAAGGCGAAGGAGAGGGACGCUCGCUCCGUGAAGAUCAAAGAACACGUCGCCAAACUGCGCAUCGCGCCCAAAAGCGCUGCCCUGGAGCACGAGGCCCUGGGGCCCUAGGAGGAGCCAGAGCUCGCUCGGCGAUCCGGCAGCCACACCUUCAACUGCCUGCUCGGCGGCGACGGGGAGGGCCAAAGACCGCCGACCGUGGUGCUGCAGGGCCGGGGCAUCAGCAAGACCAUGGCGUCCAGGAAAAUCCUGUACGACUGGGCGGCGGGCAAGCUGUACCACGGCCAGGUGUACCACGGCCAGGUGCAUUUCGCCUUCUUCGUGCCUUGCCGCGAGGUGCUGGAGCGACCGGGCACGUGCAGCCUGGCCGACCUGAUCCUAGACCAGUACCCCGACGGCAACGCGCCGGUGCGGCAGAUGCUAGCGCAGUCCAAGCGUCUGCUGUUCAUUCUGGAUGGCGUGGACGAACUGCCGGUGCCAGGGCCCGCCGAGGCCGCGCCCUGCACAGACCCCCUUGGGGCCGCGAGCGGCGCGCGGGUGCUGGGCGGCCUGCUGAGCAAGGCGCUGCUGCCCACGGCCCGCGUGCUGGUGACCAGGCACGCCGCCGCCCCCGGGAGGCUGCAGAGCCGCCUGUGCUCCCCGCAGCGCGCCGAGGUGCGCGGCCCCUCCGACAAGGACAAGAAGUACUUGUACAGGUUCUUCCAGGACGGGUGGAGGGCGGAGCGUGCCGUUCGCUUCGCUAAGGAGAAUGAGACGCCGUCCUCGCGGUGCUUCGCCGUGUGCUGGAUCGUGUGCCCCGUGCUGCACCACAGUGCUGCAGGUCCUGACCUGUCGGGCACCUCCAAGACCACCACGUCCGUGUACCUGCUUUUCAACGGCAGCGUUCUGAGCUCGGCGCCCGCGGCCGACCGACCCCACCUGCAGGAAGAGCUGCGCAAGCUGUGCCGCCUGGCCUGCGAAGGCGUCCUCAGGGGCAGGGCGCCGUUCUCUGAGAAGGACCUGGAACGAAUGGAGCUUUGCAGCUCCAAAGUCCAGGAGUGUCUCAGCAAGAAAGAGAUGCUAGGUGUGCUGGAAACCGAGGUCGCCUACCGGUUCAUCGACCAGACCUUCCAGGAAUUCUUAGCCGCGCUGUCCUACCUGCUGGAGGACGAAGGGGCUCUCCAGACACCUGCUGGCGGCGUAGGGGCACCUCUGUGGGGGGACCCGGAGCUGCGUGGCCACCUCGCGCUCACCACGCACUUCCUUUUCGGGCUGCUGAACACAGAGAGGAUGCACGACGUCGAGCACCACUUUGGCUGCGUGGUUUCAGAGCGCGGGAGGCAGGGUGUCCUGAGGUGGGUGCAGGAUCAAGGCCAGGGCUGCCCUAGGGCGGCGCCAGAGGGGACGGAGGGGACCCAAGCGUUCCAGGGCUCUGGGAAGUCAGAGGAGGAGGAGGGCGAAGAGCUCAACGACCUGCUGGAGCUGCUGUCCUGCCUGUAGGAGACGCAGGAGGACGCCCUUGUGCACCAGGCCCUGCGCGGCCUCCCUGAGCUGGCACUGGAGCGAGUGCACUUCAGCAGAGUGGACCCGGCCGUCCUGAGCUACUGCGUGCGGUGCUACCCGGCAGGGCAGUCCCUGCAGCUGCUUAGCCGCAGACUGGUCGCUGCACAGGAGAAGAAAAAGAACAGCCUGAUGAAGCGGCUCCAGGGCAGCCUGGGAGGCAGCUCAUGAGUCCCCAGAGCAGGGCGGCCCCUUUCUGCAGGCCCUCUGUGUGCGGCAUGUGUGCAUCUUACGCGCUGGAAGUGUCCAUCUGGGCCUGGGGAGUGUGUCCAGGCCUGGCGCCUGCUCCGCAGAGGAGAGGCAAGACUUCAGGCUGGUUUUCCCACCACCUUGCAAGGCAGCUCCCAGGGUGUCCUCUCCAUGCCCUGCACCUCAGCACCCACGUCCGAGGCAACCCUCCCAGCACUCCCUCCACCCACCGUGAUGCGUUCUCAUAAGUUCCGGCGUACACCACACCCUCAGUGCCCUGAGCCUUUGCUUCUACUGUUCCCUCCACCCCGAAUACCGUUCACUGCCUAUCCUCAAAGCCUCUCCAAACCGUCCCAGCUGGCCUGAGACCAUUUUGG